UCACCUGCAAAAACUUGCCCUAAACCCUAAUACCACCCCCGCACCCCCAUCCCCACCCCUAGCAGCGUCUGCCAAUGGCUUCCACAGAACAAACCCAGAACGGCUCUACGAUAUCACCAGAAACCCUUACAACAACCACUGAGACCAAACCAGAGCCUGAAAAUCCUCAACAAAAACCAGAAGAAACAACAGACCAAGGCCCAGACUCAGUUUCAAUUAACGCUGAACCAGUUCCAGCUUCAGAGGUUUCAAUAGAGAAGCCAAAGUGGCCAGGAUGGCCCGGGAGUUGUGUGUUCAGGAUGGUAGUACCUGUGCUCAAAGUUGGAAGUAUAAUAGGGCGUAAAGGCGAGCUCGUCAAGAAGAUGUGUGAAGAAACGGGCGCUAAGAUUCGCGUACUCGAUGGCCCUCCUUCUUCUCCUGAUCGCAUUGUUCUAAUAUCGGGGAAGGAAGAACCUGAGGCAGCAUUAUCCCCUGCGCUGGAUGCUGUAAUAAGAGUGUUCAAACGCGUUAGUGGACUUGAAGCUGAUGGAAACUUACCCGGAGCUGCUGGGGCUGCAUUCUGCUCUAUCAGACUUCUUGUAGCAUCAACACAAGCUGUGAACUUAAUAGGAAAACAAGGGUCUUUAAUCAAGCCUAUCCAGCAAACAACUGGUGCCUCCAUUCGAGUUCUUUCAAAUGAUGAAAUGCCAAUCUAUGCGACUUCGGAUGAGAGAGUUGUGGAGAUUCAGGGUGAAGCUCUGAAGGUUCUUAAAGCUUUAGAAGCAGUGAUUGGGCACCUUAGAAAGUUCUUGGUGGAUCAUAGCGUUCUUCCCUUGUUUGAAAAGAGCUACAAUACACCUGCCACUCAGACGCAGGAACGCGAACCUGAACCUUGGUCUGAGAGGGCGAUGCUUAAUACGUCACGGCCUGGACUUGGCAUGGAUUAUCCUCCUCCAACAAAGAGGGAUUCUCUAUUUUCUGAACGUGAAAGUCAGCUGGAUUCACAAUAUCAUCCUCCUGGACUUUCAUUGUAUGGGCAAGAUCCUGGACUUUCUGCAAAUCGUACUUCAGGCCUUGGUCGUGCUGGAAAUCCUGUUAUUACUCAGAUUUCCCAAACUGUUCAAAUGCAAAUACCACUAGCUUAUGCAGAAGAUAUCAUUGGCAUUGGGGGAGCAAACAUUGCUUAUAUACGGCGUACUAGUGGUGCCAUUCUUACUGUGCAAGAAAGUAGGGGCUUACCUGAUGAAAUCACUGUGGAAAUAAAAGGGACAUCAUCAGAGGUUCAGACAGCUCAGCAACUUAUCCAGGAAUUUAUGGGUAGCCACAAAGAAUCACUUCCAAGCAGUUAUGGCCAAUUAGAUACAGGCUUGAGGCAGUCUUCUUACUCUAACCUAGGCAGUGGCUCCUAUUCAUCUUCUUCAUACGGCGGACAGCAAUAUGGUGGUGGCGGCAGCUAUGGAUCAUUUGGUGCAGGAGGGUACAGUAGCUACAGGUCAUGAACAGAUUAGCCUUGAGUCUUAGCACUCGUAGUUACCCGUACUGUUUUGUUCGUAUGCGUUUUGUGACAGAGCAAACACUGAAGCAACUGCAGGUGGUUCAUGCUAUGUUAAUCUGAUGUCUCUUACUGCAAUGUAUUGAUAGCUUUUCAGUAGCUCACCAUAUCUUGUAGUUCUCACAUGUGUCGGUAUGAUAACAUUGAAUUUUGCAAGUGUAAUGGUUAAGGUGUGGUUCUUAAAGUAUUAUCUCUCGUUUAAUA